CUGAAAAGUGAUUCUUUUUUAUUGCAAGGUUAGAUUGUGUAUAUGAUUAUGUAAACAUUUUUUUACGUGGAUCUCCUUAAAGUCAAAGAAUCAUUAAAAGUUGACCAUAAAUAACUUUUGCAGACCAACCAUUGUUAACAGCUUUACACUUUAAAAUAACCAAGUUAGUGUCCUAGCCUGUAGAGUAGGUAGUGUGACUUAGACUUAAGUAAGACAGACUAGACACUUAAGUUAAUUUAAGUAACUGAAACAGGAGUCACUAUACUAUUACUAUUACUAAUUACUUCUCACUCCACUGAACUGUGAGUACUGUGACUGUAACACUGAGUCGAGUGAGUGUGUCAAGUGUGUAACUAUUAAAAUUAUAGUAUGUCAAUGUCAUCUGUGUCAGCGCUGAAUCAAUAUGUGUUGACUGGUGUGUACUUGUACAGUGUCAAUUAAAUCAGUGUGUGAAGGCCUGAUUAAAUAUGUGUUUUCUUAGUGUUCGGGAUUAUUAUUGAAAACCUGUGGAGUGACACAAAAAGUUAAAAAGGGAUAGUCACAUACAUUUUUAUUUAUUGUUCAUAAAGAACACAAUUAAAUUAAUAUAUAUUUUUUUUAUCUCGUGUUUUGUUAGUAACACAGACUAGACUUGAAAGCUCCACUUCUUUAUUAUUAUUAGUUAUUAUAUAAAUUAUAAUCAAUAAUCUAUUACAAAUUAUAAUAAAACUUAACUACUAAUUAAUUAGCCUAAUUUUAUUAUUAAAUUAGUUUAUUAAACAUGAAUCUUUUAUUUGCCAAGGCCAAGGCUAUUUUCAUUUUCUUCACUAAACCGUGGCUAGCAAUUCCUUGACCUCAAAUAUGAACGUAUAAAUUUUAACCAUUAAUUAAUUAAUUAAUUUAAUAUAAUAAACAUAUAAUUCUCAAUGUAACAUUUCACUGAUUUCACUAAAUAAAGAUACGGAUUACUGUGCUAUAUGAGAUUAAUAAAAUAUAAGUGUGUGUGUUUGGAGUGUAAUAAAUUAUUUUUACUGAUAUAAUCUGAUAUAGUAUCAAUUUAAAUUAGGUGUAAUAGAUCUGCAGUAUAUAUAUAUAAUAAGGGGGUGGGAAAUUUGAAUAUUAAUAUAGUUCAGGGGCUUAAAAAAAGUGUGUUGUUGCAAACCUUGGAAGGGGAGGGUUAGAUGGAGCACUAAUUGGAAUUCUUAUAAAGUGGGUUACUUGAAUGCAUUUUUUGUCAAGUAACUUUAGUUGAUGGUAAAUUCACGUAAUGCGGCUGCCAUUGUUUGGCAGGGUGUAGCUAGAAAUCUCUUAUGUUAAUUUUGCUUCUGGUGUGUUCUGCUUUCUUUUCAAAACCACCCUACCCCCUACUCCACAUGUUUUAUAUUGACAGUACUGAGUGGAAAAAAGGCUGUCAUGCGUGACAUGUGAAUGUGAACUCAGGUAAAAAAAAUUCUUAAUGGCGAGGCGAAUAUUAUAUUAAUCAAUAAAGAUCCAUAGGUAUGUUGUGGACUGUCAGUAGGACUACUGUUUAAAAUCCAGCAGGUUGGGUGUAUGACUGUCUGUGGGCCUAUUGUUUAAAUGCCAACAAGAAGGGUGUAGGUCUGUAGGUAGGCCUAUCUCAAAAUACCCAUACGGGUGUAAAAAAAACUCCACUUGGUUAAGCCCUAGUAAAUAAUAUUGUAUCAGUUUUACUUUUUAAAUUUUAUUUUAGAUGUGUUUGUCAGACUUAUCUUUUCCACUUAUUUGAACUACUCAAAUCAAAUGAAUGACUUUACCAGUUAUUGACAAAAUUAUAGUCAAGUCAUCAUAUGUGAAAUAUUCAUUAAAUAAUAAAACAAACCGGCCUUCAAUGAUUUUUAUUUCCAAUAUUUACCAGUGCAUUUCACACAAUGCAGUGCACAUUCAAGAUUGGAAGAGAAACUAAAAGCUUGUGCCAAAAAAAAAUUAUUUCACUGUUAUCGCCAGUUAAAGAAAAAUCAAUCAGCUUCUGUGCAAAACACUUGGCAUUCAGAUGCUUAGAAAAGAAAUUAGAUAAUUUUAAACACUCUGGAGGUUUGAUGAAGACUCAUCACUGCAGCGCAGGAUUUCAAAGCAAGUUCACAGUUCUUCCAGGAGAAGUUGACCGCUACCAGGGUAUAUGGGUUGAUUUAACCAAAAUAGGAGAACAAUUAAUUUCAAAGAAUACAUUUCCCAGCACUUUAGAAGGUAUUUACAAAAAUUUUGACUUUAUUAAAAUUCUUUGUGAUAAUACUCCCCUCACCCAUGUGUUUCUUUUACAAUUUGUUGAUGAUUAUUCUUUUGAGCCUUAAGAACUCAUUAUUUUACAUUGACAUUAAACUUUUUAAUCCUAGUUUUUGGUUUUUUUUUAGAAUUUGAUAUAUUUUUAAAAAAUAGCAUAAAAUGAUGUUAUAAGAGUUAAGACCUUUCAAAGACACUUUUAAAAAUUAGAUUAUUUCAAAAUCAAAAAUUAUUUAUAAUUUUAAAUAUUAACAUUCACAGAGAUUAUUUAUACUUUUUAAUACUAAUUAUUCUUAUGAUUAAUAAACAGUAAGUCUUACAUUUACAAGAACAGGACCAAACUGUCAACAACAACAAAAAUAUUUAAAAAUUUUGUUUGCAGAAGAUGUUAAUUUGGCUGUUAUUAAUAUUAAUUUUUUUAAAUUUUUACUUGACUUUUUUAAAACUAAGGUUGAGAAUAGUAUGAUUAGCAAAAGUAUUUAAAUGUUAUCACUUACACUAAGUAGAGUAUUAUCACAUAUUUCCCAGCCUCCCUGAAGCUAUGGCAGAUACAAGGCAUAACAUCAGCCUGGUUAAAGGUGUCCAUCUUUCAGAGUGCUUUAAUAGCUGAUGCCGCCGAGCAUGGCUUCACAUUCCACCAUGCUGAGGGAUCAAUUGCCACCUUAAGCUUGUGGAUGGAUAAGUCCAAAAAAACUAAAAUACCCAGGUUUGCAACUCAUCAAAUGGGUGUGUCAGGUAUACAAAAAAAAAAUUGCUUGUUUCAAUUUGAUAUCUUUAGUUUUAAUGAAGAAAGCUGAUCAUAAAUAAUUUGACUGUGUUUUUAAAAAGUUAACUUGCUUCAUUGUAAUAGAAUUUUAAAAAUUUAUCUUAACUUGAUUAGUGUAGCAAUAAUGAUGAAUGGAAAAAUUCAUUAAUAAGUUUAUAUUUCUAGGUCUGAAGUAAAAAUUCCAUGACCGCAAGGGGUAAAAAAUAAGUUAAAGAAAAAUUACUGUAUUACGAUAAGGUAUAUAUAUAAGAAUGAGCUAAGGUAUCCAUAUAACGCUUAAGAAACAAAUCAAUUUAAAUAUGCUCGGAUGCUUAAAAACCUAGAUAGUGGUUUUCUAAUUUUUACUGAAAUCAAAUGAAUUCUAUAUGAUAAAAAUAAAAUAUUUUUACUUAUAUUUAAGUAAAUGUUUAAGUAGUAAUAUUGUAUAUUGGGAAAACAUUUAAUAAAACAAUUAAAGAACUAUUUUAACUAUUUUAUCCGAAAUUGAAUCUAAAGAUAUUAUUUUUGUUAUCAAUAAAUAAUCAUAUGUAUAAUACUAUUUUUAAUUCGUAAAUACAUUCAUCAGGAAUAUCCAAGCAUCUGUUGUUUUUAUUGCAUUGUUAAUAUUUUUAAAUCCAAUUUAAAUGUAUGUUAUAAAAAUGUAUUGAAAUAAUCAAAAUUUUGGAUUGAACUCAGAUAAAGAAAAAUUUGAUUAAUUUCGUAAGCGCUAAAUUUUGACUAGCAAAGCAAAAGAUUUAAUUUUGCUUGAUUUAAUUACAGCAUAUGACAAAACUGAUGAUGUUGAUGUAUUUCCCACUUUUUAAAAAUAAAAUUAAUAAAUAUAAUUGAUUGCUUUUUAAAUUGUUCAUAAACCUCACCAAAUUUUAGCUUUGUAUUUUUAACAUUCAAAAAGUUUUACUUAUUUUUCACUCCAAAAUUGUGCUUAUAUGAAAUUUAUAAAUUGAUACAAAUUUAAAAAUGAAAAAUACUUUGAAAAAUACAUACAAUAAAAUGCAAUUCAGGCCAAAAGUUCAUCAAAACUUCAUAGCCAGAUACUAAUUCACUUACCACUCAUCCAAAUGAGAACGAACAACUGAUGUUUUAAUUGGUUCAUUUUGUUAUCAAUAUCUCAAAAUCAGAUUAUUUUACAGAUAGGAAUUUUGGUACAGAUUUUAAUGUUAAAAUAAUAACCAUAAUCUUUCAAUAUACUAAUUUAUGUGUAGAACUAUUAUUUUAGAAAAUAUAAAAUUAUCAUUUAUGAUUUUAUUAUUUUUCAUUUAAAACUGUGGGGGAAGGGGGAUAAGAUACUUAUAUUUUUCCGAAGUAACACAAGAUAUGCCUCAGAAUAAAGUAAUGAAUUUGAUAAAUAAUAUACCUUCUUAAGUUAGUAUAUAUCGAGGGUAGGGUGUGUACAUUUUUAUGUGGAUGACAAUAUCUUAAAUCCAAUGAUAUUACCGUUGCGAAGAAGAGAUUUUAGAUUAUUUUCAUAUUACAUUUGUUUGCAGGUAUGGUAAUAAAUAAUGACACACAUGAAAUUCUUGUUGUGAAAGACAAAAACAGACCAGUAAGUGUGUUUAUCAUUUCUAAUAAUUUAAUAGUGCUUUGUAGAUGCUGACCGAAUUUUGGUUCGGCUCCGAAAGUUGCCAUUUCAUCAUUUUCGGUGUUGUUUUGGUUUCGUCUGAUACAGAAAAGUUAACUUUCUGAUGAUUUUCGGUCUUGGCCAAAAGUGAGUUAGGCUUUUGGUCAUCUACCAGAAGUCAGACCGCCGCUGUUUCUGUCUGUCGGUGGGAUUUCAAUAUUUAUUAUUGCUCAAAAUCUUGCUGUCAUGGUAUGAUAUAUGACUAAUCCUCUGCAAACAUUGCUUACAGCCACAUGAUGAUCUAAUUGUACAAUAUUUCCACACAAAAAAAGACAGGCUUAGGCAAGGUAAAUGGUUUUGUGAAAAAUGAAACUAAGAGAAUGGUAAAAUUUGUAUUAUUAUUUUGUUUUAAUAAUUUUUUUAAUAUAAAAUUUGGAACCCAAGGUUUAUUCAAUUUAUUCAUUUGUGAUAUCUAUUUUGAUUUAUCAUUAUCAUACUCAUAAAUUUUGUCAAACGCAAAGGUUAAUAAUGCAGAUAAACUCUUGUUUCUGAAUUAUAACAUUCGUUUGUUUGAUUUAAAUUACUAAACAAUUAUUGCUGAAUGAACUGACAUUUAGCGACUCUUACUGCAAGUGUAGGAUUGUAAUGAUUAUUUCUAGAUUAAGUAUUACUUACUAAUUAUUAAAGUAUUGUUGAUAGUGUUGAAUUUUUUAUAGCAUCAUUGUUUGAGGACAUAGUUUUAUAACUUGUGCUUAGUUAUAAAAUAGAUAUAUGUUUCAGGUCAAGGGUCUUUUUAAGCUGUUCUUUACAGUUUUUACCAAAAUUCAUUGUUAACUUUCGGUUUGGUUUCGGUUUCGGAUGAAACCAAAAAAGCAACAUUCAGUUGGUCUCUAGUACUUUGUAUUACUUUGUUUUAUUUUUUUGUUUGUCAUUGCACCAAUAUGAGUUAGUUUAAUUUUAUCAACAACAAAAAAGAUAUGUAUGAAUUUUGUUGUUGUUGAUAUACAUGUUGGAUAAUGUCAGGUGAUGCGAGAUGAUGUUAGGUGAUGUUAGGUUAUGUUAGGUGAUGUUUGUUGAUUUUAGGUGAUGUUAGAACUUAACAGUGAGCAAAUUGACUUGUAAAAAUUAAACAUUUUAAAACCUAAACCCUUAAUUACUUUGAUUCUUUUUAGAUUCAAGGACAUUUCUGGUAAGUUUGAAUGUUCAAGAUAUUAGCAUCAAUACUGUAAGAGAUUUUUUUACCUUGUCUUUACAGUACCAACUAUGGAAGUUUCCUGGAGGGCUAUCUGAUCUUGGCGAAGAUAUAGGUAACUAUUUAUGAGAUGUAGGUAACUAUUUAUGAGAUAUAGGCAACUAUUUAUGAGUUAUAGGUAACUAUUUAUGAGUUAUAGUCGACUAUUUAUGAAAUAUAGGUAACUAUUUAUAAAAUUAAAAAUCUAUUUUGAAACAAAAAUAAAAUGAUGUGAAUAGCUCUGCUUACUAAUUUUCUUUAAAAUGGAAUAAUUCCAUUUUUUGUUUUUGUUUUAAGUUUGGUUAAGUCCAUAUUAUUUUAUCACCUGUAUUACAGUUAGCAUAAGUCAUUCAAUAUAUAGUAUACAAUUAUUUUAUGAAAGUUUGAGUUCAUGAAAAUUUGUAUUAAUUUUGUCCCUGGUAUUUCUGAGAAGAAAACAUUCGUUUGCCUCCUUUCUUAUUAAAGAUAACAUUUUAAUGUUAGGUAACUUAAUCUGUAUAGUAUUAAAAUAGUUUUUAAAAAAAUGUGAGCUGUCGAUAUUUAUUAAUAAGCUUCUCAGUUGGUUUAUACAUUGAACAAAAGGAAACAUGCAAAAGCAUUCCAGAAGUUGAUCCUAAAUAAUCAUGACAUUAUCCCAAUUUAGUGGGGGCUAAAUAAAGGUUUAAUUUGAUUUAAAAAAAAAAAAACUAAAAUAAUUUAAUUCAAACUCUUUAAUUACUAUUAAUAAGUGUUGAAGGUGUGUUGAAAAUGUUGAUGACCACCAUUUUUAUCUUUCAUUCCCAGCCACCACUGCUGAGAGGGAGGUUUUUGAAGAGACAGGUGUCAAAACUGGUACGCUGUUCUCUGUGUUUGAUAGUCAAUGUAUUGAAAAUGUAAAUUUAUUUUAAAAGGUUGGUAUCAAACCAGAUCAAACUAGUCUUUGUGUUUAUGUUCAUUAGGGAUAGAAGAACAAGGUGUGUGGAAGCUAGAACUAUAAUGACAGGACAUUAAGAGAAGGACAUUUCGGUCAAUAGCCUUCCUCAGCAGACGGGACAAAUUAAGAGACAACAAGAAAUAGAUAGUGGUUAAAAAACUUAAGUGUUUCUUUUAAUAUCAAAGAGGGGCCUCACAUGUAUUAGUCAAAAUGUGUUGUAUAGGCGAAACUGGAAGAAGAUUAUCCGAUAGGCUCACUACACAUCUUUGUGAUACUGAACAGGACAAACUUUCCCCGGCCUCAUCCCAUUUCAGUGGAGAUAAACACAACAAGACAUCAGAUGUCUGCACUCUGCACUAACACACCAGUGAGAGUUAGAUAGGAAAAAAAUUAGUUCAGCUUUCCUGCACAGUAUCACAAUCAAAAGGAAAUUAAUCAAAUUCUCUCUUACCUGUGAUCCUCAAUUUCCUUGUUAUUUCUUUUCUUAUUUCUUAUGUUUUACAUAUUUCUUAAAAACUAUUGUCCGCUAAAAUCAUUUUUUUUACUGUAAUAAUGGAAAAAUUCUUUUAACUUCCUGUAAUCUUAGUUUUUGAAAAACGCUACUUCCGACAUUAACAUUUAUGGCGACCACUUAAGUUUUUUCAACUGCUUUCUAUUUCUUGUUGGUUUUUUUCAUUUAUCCUGUCUGCUGAGAAAGACUUUUAGCCGAAAUGUUUUUGUUUUAUUUUCCUGUCUCUUCUUUCUUUUUCAAGCUUCCACAUUCCUUGUUCUUCUAUUUCCUUCAUUAAGGUUAUCAAUUUUUUAAAAUUUUUUUUAGGAUUGAGGCCUUUAGUCUGUAAUUUAUUUGUGGUAUACUUCCAUAUAUAUUCGAAACUUUUCUUCAGAUUAAUUAUGGUUUAUUUAUCUUUUUUAACUUGAUUUUGUCAUUGUUUUUUCAUAAUUUAAAUAUUUAAAAAUAAAUUAACACUCUACCAUCAGAUAACAUGAAGAAACACUGACCUUAUAAUCAGCAGCUUUUUUUGCUUGAUUUCGGAGACUCUCUGCCACUUAUCUUGUUUGUGACACUUUCUUUCAAAAUUGGUAGUUAACAUUUUUUCCACAUCACAACUUUGGACCUUUUGAAUUUCCGAGGCCCUUUGCAGCUGCUGAGCUGCAGGGCAGAGGUCAGGGCUCUGAUGGCUUUUAUUGAUUACCCAAUGGGAAUGAAAUACUUAAAACAUGAUUCUUAUUUUAAAAAAAUAGUGACGGUAAACUAUUAUGUUCCGGUCAUUCAAUUGAGCCAGAGUAACGAAAACUGUUAUGUCACGGUCAUUCAAUUCAGCGAGAGUGAUGUCAACUGUUAUGUCCCUGUCAUUCAAUUCAGCCAAAGUGACGUAAACUAUUAUGUCCUGGUCAUUCAAUUCAGCCAAGGUGGCGUAAACUAUUAUGUCCCGGUCAUUCAAUUCAGCAAAGGUGACGUAAACUAUUAUGUCCUGGUCAUUCAAUUCAGCCAAGGUGACGUAAACUAUUAUGUUCUGGUCAUUCAAUUCAGCGAGAGUGAUGUAAACUAUUAUGUCCCGGUCAUUCAAUUCAGCCAAUGUGACGUAAACUAUUAUGUCCCGGUCAUUCAAUUCAGCCAGAGUGAUGUAUACUAUUAUGUCCCGGUCAUUCAAUUCAGCCAAUGUGACGUAAACUAUUAUGUCCCGGUCAUUCAAUUCAGCCAGAGUGAUGUAUACUAUUAUGUCCCGGUCAUUCAAUUCAGCCAAGGUGAUGUAAACUGUUAUGUCCUGGUCAUUCAAUUCAGUCAAUGUGAUGUAAACUAUUAUGUCCCGGUCAUUCAAUUCAGCCAAGGUGACGUAAACUAUUAUGAUCCAGUCAUUCAAUUGAGCCAAGGUGACGUAAACUGUUAUGUACCGGUCAUUCAAUUGAGCCAAGGUGACGUAAACUGUUAUGUCCCGGUCAUUCAAUUUAGCCAAUUUGACGUAAACUGUUAUGUCCCGGUCAUUCAAUUCAGAGUGACGGAGAACAUAACUAAAAUUUCCAGUAAUGCCACAUCAGGGUGGAGCAUUGUCUUCUCUGGACGUCUCUGUUCACUCGGGACGUGUUUGCUCAAAGUCCGUCCACUCUGCUCCAGUGGAUCUGAUUGAUUGACUUGCACGGCCAGAUUCCGCUCCCAUUACAGAAGCCACGCGCCAGCAACGAGCCAACGUUUGCGUUAGGCAAACUGUACCCGGAAAUGUAAGGGUCCACUUGGAUUGCUCACGCUUGUUCCACCUACGGGUAACUGCCGGAGCUAAGUCGGGCACCGGGGGGGGGGGGCUGUUAAUUCUGGUACGAGAGUGGGGUGUUAAGUCUGGCACGUCUCGUUGCCACGUAGCAAACAUAGCCCAAGCGAAUAAUAUAUUUUAGAACUUGGUUGAACUGUGUUUCGGCAGUAACCUGGCCAGUAACGGAAGUACGAGACGUUGCUGUGUCAAUAACGGUCCAUAUUAUUUGUCUCAGUCAGACGCACCAGCCCCGCCGCCUUUAACCCCCCCCCCACUCAUGUCUCAUCGAUCAGAUACGUAGGCUGGUCAUCUCCUCAUUGGCUGGUGCAAUAUCUCCUCUGUGAUUAGUCAAAUAAAUACCGGUCCAUAUUAUUUGUCUCCGUCAGACGCCCCAGCCCCGCCGCCUUUAACCCCCCCCCCCACUCAUGUCUCAUCGAUCAGAUACGUAGGCUGGUCAUCUCCUCAUUGGCUGGUGCAAUAUCUCCUCUGUGAUUAGUCAAAUAGCCUCUCUGGGUUAAAACUGGUGUUAGUACUGUGGUCACUCCAAAACUCCUCUGGGAGUACAAAUAUCCUCUGCGGCUUUUACAAUAUCCCCUCUGGGGUUUGUACAAUAACUACUCUGGGGUUAGUACAAUAACUACUCUGGGGUUAGUACAAUAACUACUCUGUGGUUAGUACAAUAACUACUCUGGGGCUAGUACAAUAACUACUCUGGGGUUAGUACAACAACUACUCUGGGUUAGUACAAUAACUACUCUGGGGUUAGUACAAUAACUACUCUGGGGCUAGUACAAUAACUACUCUGGGGCUAGUACAAUAACUAUUCUGGGGUUAGUACAACAUCUCAUUUACAGCUACUACAUCAUCUCUUGUGUGGUUACCGUUCCUUCAAUGUUGCAUUCCUUAUUUCAGGUUUUCCGAUACUUUGUUUUACUCAUUUCAUUACCUACCCUCCCUCCCACACCCACACCUGAUUGCAGUCUCCCCCCCCCCCCCAAUUACCAUAUCUUCAGUUAUCCGGCGAUGAUAUUAGAGUUAUCUUUAGUUACAAAGAUGAUGUGAGAGAUGUCUUUAGUUAAAAGAUGAUGUUACAGAUGUCUUCAGUUAACAUGCGAUGUUAGAGACGUCUGCAGCUACAAGAUGAUGUUAGGGAUGUCUUCAGAUACAAGAUGAUGUUAGGAACGAAACUAUAGUUAAAAGAUGAUGUUAGAGACGUCUUCAGUUGAAAGAUGAUGUUAGAGACGUCUUCAGUUACACCCCCCACGAUGAUGUCUUCGCCGACUCAUCGAUCAAACAUAGACAAGUCGUAUACUAACAGGGUUAGGCGUGGCCACUUGGAUUCGACACCCCUCUGGUUGGAUCUUACCCCUCCUUCCCACCACGCUAGUCCACGCAGACCCCAUGCUUUGGUUUAUUGAAGUAGCGAGAAACCAAACGAUCACAUCACCAACUGGUUUUCUUUUAUUUCUGUUCAUGUGCGGGUUUUAUUUUGGGGUUGUUUUCUUGUUGUUGUUUUUUUCUACAAUUUUUUAAAAGUUUAAUUGUGAGCUGUGCUGAUGCCACCUGAACUUUAAAUGGUUUAUUGCAAAUUGUAGACUGUUUGUAAACUGUAGCCCCUUAAGUCGAGUUGGUUAUUGUAGACUGUUGUAAACUGUAGCCCCUUCAGUCGAGUUGGUUAUUGUAGACUGUUGUAAACUGUAGCCCCGUAAGUUGAGUUGUUUAUUGUAGACUGUUGUAAACUGUAGCCCCUUAAGUCGAGUUGGUUAUUGUAGACUGUUGUAAACUGUAGCCCCGUAAGUUGAGUUGUUUAUUGUAGACUGUUGUAAACUGUAGCCCCUUAAGUUGAGUUGUUUAUUGUAGACCGUUGUAAACUGUAGCCCCGUAAGUUGAGUUGUUUAUUGUAGACUGUUGUAAACUGUAGCCCCUUAAGUUGAGUUGUUUAUUGUAGACUGUUGUAAACUGUAGCCCCUUAAGUUGAGUUGUUUAUGUAGACUGUUGUAAACUGUAGCCCCUUAAGUUGAGUUGUUUAUUGUAGACUGUUGUAAACUGUAGCCCCUUAAGUUGAGUUGUUUAUUGUAGACUGUUGUAAACUGUAGCCCCUUAAGUUGAGUUGUUUAUUGUAGACUGUUGUAAACUGUAGCCCCUUAAGUUGAGUUGUUUAUUGUAGACUGUUGUAAACUGUAGCCCCUUAAGUUGAGUUGUUUAUUGUAGACUGUUGUAAACUGUAGCCCCUUAAGUUGAGUUGUUUAUUGUAGACUGUUGUAAACUGUAGCCCCUUAAGUUGAGUUGUUUAUUGUAGACUGUUGUAAACUGUAGCCCCUUAAGUUGAGUUGUUUAUUGUAGACUGUUGUAAACUGUAGCCCCUUAAGUUGAGUUGUUUAUUGUAGACUGUUGUAAACUGUAGCCCCUUAAGUUGAGUUGUUUAUUGUAGACUGUUGUAAACUGUAGCCCCUUAAGUUGAGUUGUUUAUUGUAGACUGUUGUAAACUGUAGCCCCUUAAGUUGAGUUGUUUAUUGUAGACUGUUGUAAACUGUAGCCCCUUAAGUUGAGUUGUUUAUUGUAGACUGUUGUAAACUGUAGCCCCUUAAGUUGAGUUGUUUAUUGUAGACUGUUGUAAACUGUAGCCCCUUAAGUUGAGUUGUUUAUUGUAGACUGUUGUAAACUGUAGCCCCUUAAGUUGAGUUGUUUAUUGUAGACUGUUGUAAACUGUAGCCCCUUAAGUUGAGUUGUUUAUUGUAGACUGUUGUAAACUGUAGCCCCUUAAGUUGAGUUGUUUAUUGUAGACUGUUGUAAACUGUAGCCCCUUAAGUUGAGUUGUUUAUUGUAGACUGUUGUAAACUGUAGCCCCUUAAGUUGAGUUGUUUAUUGUAGACUGUUGUAAACUGUAGCCCCUUAAGUUGAGUUGUUUAUUGUAGACUGUUGUAAACUGUAGCCCCUUAAGUUGAGUUGUUUAUUGUAGACUGUUGUAAACUGUAGCCCCUUAAGUUGAGUUGUUUAUUGUAGACUGUUGUAAACUGUAGCCCCUUAAGUUGAGUUGUUUAUUGUAGACUGUUGUAAACUGUAGCCCCUUAAGUUGAGUUGUUUAUUGUAGGCUGUUGUAAACUGUAGCCCCUUAAGUUGAGUUGUUUAUGUAGACUGUUGUAAACUGUAGCCCCUUAAGUUGAGUUGGUUAUUUUAAACAAAAACACUGCCACCAAAGGCAAAACCCCCAGAAAAAUGUCUCCCCAUCCACAAAAAAAAAAAAAAAAAAAAAAAUGAGCCGCUCCUUCCCCUUCCUAAGAAUAGUUGUUUAAGACAUGUGGCCUAAGACUAGUGACCUAAGUAUAGUUGCUUAAGACAAGUGACCUAAGUAUAGUUGCUCAAGACAAGUGACCUAAGUAUAGUUGCUUACGACAAGUGACCUAAGACUGUUGACCUAAGACUAGUGGCCUAAGAAUAGUUGUUAAAAAAUGAGGACUAAGACUUGUGUACUAAGUAUAUUUGCGUAAGACAAGUGACCUAAGACUGGUGACCUAAGAAUAGUUGGUUAAGACAUGUGACCUAAGACUAAUGACCUAAGAAUAGUUGCUUAAGACUGGUGACCCAAGAAUAGUUGCUUAAGACAAGUUACCUAAGUAUAGUUGCUCAAGACAAGUGACCUAAAAAUAGUUGCUUAAGACAAGUGACCUAAGACUGGUGACCUGAGACUAGUGGCCUAAGAAUAGUUGGUUAAAAAAUGAGGACUAAGACUAGUGUACUAAGUAUAGUUGCUUAAGACAAGUGACCUAAGACUGGUGACCUAAGUAUAGUUGCUUAAGACUAGUGACCUAGGAAUACUUUGUUAAGACGUGUGGCAUAAGACUAGUGUACUAAGUAUAGUUGCUUAAGACAAGACUAGUGGGCUAAGAAUAGUUGGUUAAGACGUGUGGCUUAAGAAUAGUUGCUUAAGACUAGUGACCUAAGACGAGUGGCUGAGACAAGUGAUCUGAGACUAGUGGCCUAAGACAACUGAACUAAGACUAGUGUCCUCAGACUAGUUGUUUAAGUCUCGUGGCCUGAUCUCCGUGGUAUUUUUUCGUGCAUCGACACCCUAGUUUACUAAAGGGUCCGUGGAGUAUUUCAAUCUGGGGUGGCCAACCCGCGGGCUGCUGUUUAAAAGGAAACGAAAGGCUUCAGUGCGGUAACCCAUAUGCGUGUUCCAUUUGGUUUGCCCGCAUUGAAUGUCAGCCGCCCAUGGGAGCCGGUCAGGCAGAAGAGACCCAUGCACUGUAACACCUCUCUACGGGUUUUACCAAUCUGCUCAAUAUUCUCUCCAUUCCCAGAAUUCCAGUCAGUUCUAGCCUUCAGGCAACAGCACAACAGCCCCGGGGCGUUCGGAAGAUCUGAUCUUUAUGUUAUAUGCAGGUCAAAUAUACAUUGUCCAUAGUAAAUUAGUUUGACUUUAAAACUUUAACAAAACAAUUAAUAAGCUUAUUUUUGUACAACAAUGGGUUGAUAUAUUUAAAAAAUUAUUCUUGAUUGAAGAAAUCAAAUAAAAACGAUUGAAACUUUUUUUCUUCCUGUAGUUGUAGAAGUUAUUAUUAUUUUGUUUACAAGGUUGAAGCCCUUAACCUUUGACCUCCACCCCUGUGAUGAAGAAAUCGCUGCGUGUCGAUGGAUGCCGGUGGAUCAACUAAAGACGGAAGUCCAAGCUACGUCACUAACUCACACUAUGGCGGAGUUGGCCAUACAAGGACUGGAGCAUGGCUUUAGUCAAGUGGACAUAAUCUCCUAUCAGAUGGCUUCCAUUUACAAAGGAAUGAAAUUUCACAUUUUUCUUAGAGCUUGUAAAUAAACUGCAUGUUAAAAAAUCUAAUUAUUUUG